AUGUCGACAACUACGACCGAAGAGCUCCCCGUCCUGCCCGAGGGCAUCACCCCCGAGUGGCUCGGGGCCAAGCUUGGCCACAAGAUCAAGUCGCUCGAGAACACACGCAACAUCUGGGGCACGGGCAGCAAGCUCUUCUACACCAUUACGUACGAGGACGGAAACGAUGCGGACGAGUCCCGCCCCAAGCAUGUCUGCAUCAAGGGCGUCUUCAGCAAGGAGAUGGUCGAGCAGCAGCCCUGGACCGUCAGCCUGGCGCAGCGCGAGGCCGAGUUCUUCUCCAAGAUCGCGCCCACCGUCCAAGGAAGCAUGAUCUUCCCCAAGGGCUGGUGGAGUGGCACCAGCGAGAAGCAGGGCAUCGCCGUCAUGACCGACCUCGUCCACGAAGGGUGCACCUUUCCCCCGGAGGUCGCCGCUUACUCAGUCGAGAAGGUGAAGAAUGGCGUGGAACAGCUCGCCGGUCUGCAUGCGCAGUACUGGGGUAAAAGCCAGGAAGACCAUCCCUGGAUCUGGAAUAACUACGACCCAGCAAUGAAGUUUAUGUGUACGCCAUGGCACGACGUCGUCCGCGAACCCGGCCGUCCCAAGCUGCCAGAGUACCUGAUGGACGGCGCGCGAUGUAACGAGGCGCUUGACCGGUACUACGCCGAGCGCAACCCCCGGUUCCGCACGCUGCUUCACGGUGACACGCAUCUCGGAAACGUCUACUUUACCGGCGAUGGACGUAUCGGCUUCCUCGACUGGUCAGCUUUCCACUUCGGAUCGUGCUUCCACGACAUCGUCUACCACAUGACGGCCAUGCUUACCAUCGAGGACCGCCGCGCCCACGAGAUGGAGAUUCUCGACCACUACCUCGAGACCCUGCACCGCAAGGGUGGUCCCAAGUUCGACCGCAACGACCCCGAGCUGAUGAUUGAGUACCGCCGCUCCUUCAUGACUAACGUCAUCUGGCUGAUUUGCCCCGAUGCUCUGCAAACCAAGGAGCGCGUGCACACUCUCUGCGAGCGCACCGUUGCUGCUUACAACGACCACAAGGUCAUCGACGUGAUCCUCGACCAGCCCAAGCCGUCCGUCGCGGCAUGA